AUGACUGCUGGUUAUGAGUUUUCGUUAGCAUUAUUCAAACUAACGGCAAAUAAUCUGUCCUAUUCCCAUUUCACAGGCCUGUUCACACUGGUCUCCUGCCAGACUCAGCGGUUUCACUUUGUGGGUGACAGGAAGAACUUUACAGAGGCACAGAGUUUUUGCAGGGACAGAUACACAGACCUGGCCACCAUUAACAGCCACACAGAUAUGCUGCGUUUGCUGGAAAUCACGCCUGCUGGAGGGACACGUCUUGUGUGGAUUGGACUCCAGAGGGGAGCAAUAUGGAGGUGGCACUGGUCUCUUUCUCUUACUGGUUUUUAUGCCGCUGGGCAGCGGGAUUUCCGUAACUGGAGAGGCGGGCAUCCACUGGUGGAUCAGAACAAAGAUGGCUGUGCGGUCAUGGAGCCAGAUGGGAGAUGGUUUGAGGACAGCUGUGAGACUGCCCGACGCUUUAUGUGUUAUAAUGCGACAGGGAAUGACUCAUACCAACUGAUUGAAGAGAACAGGUCCUGGAGAGCAGCACAGGACUACUGCAGGAGCCUGCACACAGAUCUCGUGAGUGUUAGGAACCAAACAGAGAAUCAGGAGAUUAGGGAGGCAGCCCAGUCUCAACAGGUGUGGAUUGGACUCUUCAAGGACCCUUGGGUGUGGUCAGACGACUCCAACUCCUCCUAUCGCUUCUGGCACACAGACAACCUGGUUCUGAUCCGGGAGAACCUGACCUGGAGCGAGGCUCUGAGCUACUGCCGAGACAACCACGUGGACCUGGUGUCUGUGCCGAGCCCUGAACUCCAGGACCUGGUGGUGAGAAAAGCCCAGAAUGCCUCCACACCACAUGUCUGGCUGGGCCUACGCUACACCUGCAGGUUUAGUUUCUGGUUCUGGACAGCUGGAGAGGUACCAGGCUGCUACCAGAACUGGGCAGCCGGUCACGGGCCGAGCGCCUAUGCUGAAUGUGGCUACUCUGGAGCUCUGGAGGCCUGGGAGGGGAAUCGAUGGGUCGGACUGCCAGACACAGAGCGGAUGAACUUCAUCUGCUUCACCUGCAGGGGUAGGGAUAGGAGCCAGGCAGAGGGAAGGCUGGAAUGA